UAACUUAUUAAACUUUCUCCUAACAUUUUGGCUAAAAAAACCUAGAGAGCUGUAUAAAAAACUCAAAACGAAAAACAGGAUAAUCACGGCUGCCAAGUGUUGACGUCGUUUUUAAAGCUAAACUCUUAAAAAAGUUGUAAGCUAGUCCGUCACAAAUCCCCGUUUUCGAGUUAAAACUUAAAAACUGUUCGAUAUUAAAAAAAUAGACAAGAAUUGCCUCAUUUUAUCUUUUUAUUUCAGGGGAAUUGUUUCACCCUCUACUUUUCCCCCGACGUGUAAACUAAGAUUGCGUAAUUUUCCAAUAAAAACGGUCUGGAAAAAAUGGCGGAUGACGUUGGAAGCCGAAUUUAACGGAUAUCGGGACAUUGUAACGGACAGGCACGUACGUACGUACAGUAAUGUUAGCGUUACAAGUAUAAGUGAAGGCUGUGGGGUGCUGUACGUUGUUUUUAGUGUUUGUGUGACAUGCGCACACACAGCCAGCCGCAGCACCACCGACCUGCUGUCCGACACCGACACAUCGUGAAGAGGGACACCGAGAGACACCGCAGCAGCCGCGGGAAUGUAAAGGAGACAGGCUCGGGGGCAGACGGAGAGAGGUCCUCUCUGUCAGAGAAUGCCACAGCAAGUGAACACAAGCUCGGCGUUGGAUCACGAUCGUGACCCGCUGUCGUUCAGAUUUCUACCCCUCUUUGGGUAGUGAUUGUUAUUCUUCAUAUUUUAUUAGAAGAAGUCAUCGCCGAACCAAGAUGCCGCCCCGUUCUCACAGCCUCCAAUCCAGCGGACUGACGCUCUCCGAAACAAGCAUGGGCUCCUUUAAGAGAAGAAAGAGGAAAUCCAUAACGGUGACGGUGAUGCUGCUAAUUGUGUCUGUUCUCAUCCUCGUUUUCGGCCUGGCGGCGACCACCAGGACACAAAACAUCACUGUGGGAGGCUACUACCCAGGAGUCAUUCUCGGCUUUGGCUCGUUUCUGGGAAUCAUCGGUGCUCAUUUGAUAGAGAACAAGAGGCAGAUGUUAGUUGCAUCUAUUGUCUUCAUCAGUUUCGGAGCAGUUGCCGCCUUUUGCUGCGCUAUUGUUGAUGGAGUUUUUGCAGCGAGGCACAUUGACCUCAGGCCUCUGCAUGCAGGGCGCUGUGGGUAUCUCUCCAGUGAUUCUGCAUCUGAGCGCGACGUGCCGUGCCACACGCCUCGGUCGUCAUGCAAGCUGCAUGUGAAGAGCAACACGUGUUACUGCUGUGACCUCUACAACUGUGGGAGAGAACCUCUUAUGGGACUUCAGAAUAAAGAUGUUUUGAAAAAGUUUAGGAAGUCAUCCAUGAUUUGGAACCGAGCAGAAGUGAUGGGAGGCUACCAUGAAUACACAGAUGUGAAAAGCUGCCAGGACGUGGUGCACCUUUACUACCUGCUGUGGUCUGCGACCAUCCUGAACAUCGUGGCUCUUUUUCUGGGCAUCAUUACUGCAGCUGUGCUGGGCGGCUUCAAGGACAUGAUGCCUGCUCCUGCCUCAGAGACUGCGUCUGAACCGGAGGUCAUCGCUGCUCCUGUCCCUCCUGCUCCUCCUCCCACCACUUCCCUGAACCUGUAUCACAACACUGCCCCCUGCCUGCCGCCUUACACCGCCUACGACCUGCAGGGGCCCUUCCUGUUCCCGGACUCCUCUGGCCUCUCAGAUGACUCCCAGUCUGGAGCCAGCCACCUCUGGCCCACCAUAGUCCCUCCUCGCUACUCCCCCCCUCAUCCGGACGAGAAGCCGCCGCCGUACAGCCCGUAGGCCGGCUCCAAGCGAUGGACACACCUGAGGACCCGUCAGGUGUCGGGAGACUCUCGCUCAGAUUCUGCUGGCUUUUCUUCACAAACUCUGAACGAUGCGUUGAAGAAAAAAAAAGGCCAGGGAAGGACGACCACAGCGCCGGCUAGCAGGACUAGCGCUAGGACUCGCUCUGGCCGUUUCUGUGCGUCCAUAUCUGAGAGAGACGCAGCCGGCUCCCCGGCAGGUUUGUUUACACUUCUAUCUGCCUUAAUGCACACGGACUCCGAACACUGCGCCAUUUAAAGACUCUCCUCCUGUACAGAAACUCUCCUCCAGCUCAUGUUCUUCACGUGGCAUUAAUGGAAACUAAAAAAAACAAAAAACAAGCCUUUCUGCCGCAGAAGAAAUUUACUGAAAGCGACUUUAUUGCUGGAAGCGUCGAAGUCCAGAUAGGAAUCACGUUGAGAACCCAACAAAUCGUUUCUGAAUUAGUUUCUAAACGACUCUGACUGUAGCUAGAAGGAAAUGUUUAAUGAAGGCGUUACAUGCUUAUAUUUGUACAGCAGCAUGUUGUAGUUAUCAGCACAUCUAGGCCUAAAGCAGAUCAUGAUAUUUAUUUCUGUUCUCUUCUGUGGUGAACAGAGCAACACUAUUCAGGAAAUAAACUAUUGAAUCUAUUACAGUAGCUGCUGAGGAGACGCAUUUAACUCCAUUUAUUCUAUUUCUACCAAAAGCUGUGAAGCAGAUGUGAUUAAAUAUGUUCAGGAGGAAUAAACUUUUGUUCCGUUUGAAUUCCUGCUGAAAGUCUGUGAGAAACAGGAACUAAAAAUUAAACGCUGUCACAUUUUAUGAAAUGUAGUAAAACCUUCAGAAAUAUACUCUUCUGAUUCCAUCCAAGUUGUUCCCAGACCUGGUUGGUGUAAAUUUAAACACAGAAGGUUGUAGUAUUUACCCACACUGCCAAAAUUACUGAUACCUAUAUUAAUGAUCAUAGUAACACUAUAAUACUUGAUUGGAUCAAUCGGGCCUGAUCAGAACCACAUAGAGAAACUUUACUGUACAUGAGAAUAUAUUUAAAUAGGCUUACAUUUCUGGUUUUUAAUUAUUGAAAUUACUUUCUAAUGUAAAUGUUUUCCAUUAGUUGUAAGCCAAUUUCACAGGGGUGUCCAAAGUGCGGCUCGGGGGCCAUUUGUGGCCCAAAUGGAGCAAAUCUUCUUAAAUGGUUGAUGCAGAUGGAGCCUUGUUCAACAUUUUUACAGCUACAUAACAUCUUAAAAAAAUAUAAUGUACAAAAAAUAGAUUUGCUUUUUUUUUGUUUGUUUGUUUUGCAUUUAAUCUUAAUUUUGGAGUAAUUAGAACUGAAAACAUUCACCAACUUUUUCCCAAAAACAAAUUUUACUUCUGAUAAAAGAAAACAAUCAAUCCAAACAAUUUAGAAGCUCUGGACCUUUUUCAAUGAUUUUCCAUUUUCUACAAAAAUCUGACCAUUUUAAUGAAAUUGAAAUUAUUUAGUUUAUUAUUGAGCAGCGAAAGCAAUAAUAAUAAUAAAAAAGCAUCAAAUGUUUAUUUUUAAAAAAUUGACUCCAACUUGACAACUUUUUCCCUCUUGGUGAAAAUAUUUGACUCCACUGCAUUAUUAUCUAAAUAAACAAAAAAUGCUUUAAAUAAAUCGCCUGUAUUUCACAUUUCGAACACAUUCUGAUCUAUUGAGAUGCAUUUGCUUUGUUAUGCUCUUAUUAGUCACAGAGUCGUCAUUCAUUCCCAUUUCAGUAUCGCAUCAUCGUCUCCAAUCAGUGCUGGAUUCACUGAUCUGGUUUAAAGACAAACUGAAGUGUAAACGCACAUCAGCUUCUCUCGUUUAUACUUCUGGAGCAGAUCAACGUUUCUUUCUACCAAUAAAUCAUUUGUGAUUCACGUUUUUCUUCUUUUUUUUUUUUUGCUUCACCAAAGCUGACUGUGUGACUGUCCAGAAAGUUCUCUGCUGAUAUUCCAAAUAAAAAAUGUUGGUUUUGA